AUUGGUGCGUAGGCAGCUGGUGAUCAUUUACGCGAGCUAAUUAAUAGACAAUCUUUACCUUCAGAGAUGUACCGCUUCGUUCUACUCUUUGUACUUGUUGCAUCAGUACACGGUCAGGCGGAUAUUUUGGGACAACUACAAAUAUGCAAACGUUCCGAUCCGGAACUGAACGACUGCCUAAAAUCGUCCAUAAAAGGCGCUCUGAAGAUUUUGGCCAGCGGCGUUCCCAGUUUGAAAAUACCCUCGAUCGACCCCAUCGAAGUCGAGAGAUGGACGAUUCAUGCGACUGACGCCCUGCCAUACGCACAAAACUACGCAAACCUUACGUUGGCCGGUUAUUCCGACAUUGAGAUUGAAGACGUUUACACGAAUUUUGGCGACGAGUACUUCAGUAUUCACCUGAUGUGUUCCGCUCCGAAACUUCUGGCGCAAGGCGACUACGAGUACUACCUGGAUAAACAAGCGAAAGGAGAAGACCUUAGCAGCAAGGGCAAAACGGAAUGGAAAUACGAUGACCACAAAUUCUUCGUCAAGUUGGACGGCGAUUUAAUCAAGAGAGGCGACGUCGAGUACGCCGAAAUUACUCGAACCGACCUGAGCAUGGUGAGAUUGCAUUCGUUUGAAAUGACGUUCAAAACGGAGAACCAACAAAUCGGGGAUAAAUUGGGAGAGUUGGUGACCGGUGAUUCUAGAAAGUUGGCGAGCAUCAACGUCGGAGGGUACGAGAACCUGUACGCGUCGGCGUUUCAUCGCAUUGCUAACGCCGUAUUUGCCGCGAUUCCGUUCGACAAGCUAUUGCCCAAGUAGAAAGGAAUGAAAAAGCGUAGUUUGGCAACACAGCCCCAUUUUGUUCGAUCCGUGUUGCUAAUAGAAAGCACUGUGAUGUAAUAAACAUUACACUUACUUACACUUA